ACCGGCUGACUCACACACACACACACACACAGAGAGAGGGCAUUUUACCGCAGCAGAACUGAACCGAUCCGACACAGAAAAAAGUGACUUCUGAUUCGGAGUGAGAGAACUUCUGGAUCCGGAUCCGACAUGCAGGGGUCCGCGCUGACUCUGGUUCUGGCGUUCUCCGCGGCCACCUUGGCUCUUGAUAACGGUCUGAUGAGGACCCCUCCCAUGGGCUGGUUGGCAUGGGAACGCUUCCGCUGUGACAUCGACUGUGAGAACGACCCGCAGAACUGCAUCAGUGAGGCGUUGUUCACAGACAUGGCCGACAGACUGGCGGAGGACGGUUGGAGAGAGCUGGGUUACGUCUACGUCAACAUCGACGACUGCUGGUCCUCCAAAGAGAGAGACAAUCAGGGCCGACUGCAGGCCGACCCCAAACGGUUUCCACAUGGCAUUCCUCAUUUGGCGCGUUACAUCCAUGAUCGUGGGUUAAAGCUGGGCAUUUAUGGAGACAUGGGCACACACACGUGUGGCGGAUACCCCGGAACAACUCUGGAUAAAGUGCAGAUGGACGCCCAGACGUUUGCGGACUGGGAAAUCGACAUGCUCAAGCUGGACGGCUGUUACUCAAACUCCAGCUAUCAGGAGCAAGGUUAUCCAAUGAUGUCGAAGGCCCUGAACGCUACGGGCCGUCCCAUUGGCUACUCCUGCAGUUGGCCCGCCUACCAGGGCGGCCUCCCUCCUAAAGUGAACUACACACUGCUGGGUCAGAUCUGUAAUCUGUGGCGGAACUACGGUGACAUCCAGGACUCGUGGGAUAGUGUACUGGGAAUCGCGGACUGGUUCUUUGACAAUCAGGACGUCCUGCAACCGGUGGCCGGACCGGGCCAGUGGAACGACCCCGACAUGUUGCUGAUUGGAGACUUCGGCCUCAGCCUGGACCAAUCGCGCACUCAGAUGGCGCUGUGGGCGAUCAUGGCCGCGCCUCUCUUCAUGUCCAACGACCUGCGUACGAUUAGCAGCGCCGCUCGCGCAAUCCUGCAGAAUAAAGCCGCCAUCGCCAUCAAUCAGGACCCGUUGGGUGUCCAGGGCAGACGCCUGUUCAAGGAGAAGAGUGGGAUUGAGGUGUACCUUCGGCCUCUCUCUAAAGGAGCCAGCGCUCUGGUGUUCUUCAGCCGGAGGACAGAUAUGCCCAAUCGAUACAUGACAUCUCUGAAGACGCUGGGAUACACACCUGGAGUCUAUGAGGUGUUUGAUGUGUUUUCGGAGAAGCGUUUUCCCGAGCUGAAGGACAGCACAGAGUUCGUUGUGUCGGUCAACCCGUCUGGCGUGGUCAUGUGGUACAUCUAUCCAGCAGCUGAUUGGUGGAAAGGGGCGGAGACUAGUCGUUUCAGCGAGAAGCUGAAGGGUCCGAAGAUCCAUCGAUAUGCUAAUGAGGUCGACGCCCCUCUAGUUCUUUGAUUGUUUUUGAAAAGGAAAUUAACUACGCACUCAGGGAUCUAUAGCCAAUCAAACGUGCCUCACUCUUUUUUUUUUUUUUUAAAUGUACAUUUUUUAGGCCUGUUUUUACUAAAUGUGUUUUAAAUGAGUUUCCAUGAAUGUUUUAGCAUUGACUUUAAUAAGACGCCAAACGCUAGCCUCUCAUUUGUGCAAAUUCACAUUUCAAGUCGCUUUCGCACGUAAAUCAAGAUCAUGAUGCGUUCGCUGAUGUGUGGUACUGUAUUUGAACUCAAAUGAUGGUCAAACUCACAGACGUUACUGUACACUAGUAUUUGAUUGAUGCUUAACCCUGAUUGGUUAGAGGCAUGAUGAUAAUUGGCUGCAGCUUUCAAAAGGUGGAUUUCAUUAAACCGAAAAUUCUAAUCCACUGACUGAACGUGUUUUCAGUUCCUGAAUCAGGGUUUCUCAUUCAAAAAUGUUAAAUCCAAUUUGUUAUGUCCAGUUUGAUAUGAUUUCAGACUAAUCAGUGAACAGGAACCAAACCUCACUUCAUAUAAGAGCAUUUCAUAUUUUUUCAGUUUCCAUUACCCUUGAAAUUGCGAAUUGAAACACGUCAAUUUGUAAAGUAAAAGUAGCAGUGCUUCGACUUCAGAGAAUAGUUCCCAGUAUUGAUACGCUUAAAAGAUGUCUGUGUCUCAUUUGACUUUGUUUUUUGUACACUCUGUGACUAUACUAUAAAUAGAAAAACGUUUGCAUUA